ACUCAAUGGGCAGUCGGGGCAGUGACAAUCAAUGGUCUGAAUAACUUGGCAGUAAUUGACUCCCAGUCUCGACUCUCGACUCUCGCUUCUGUCGGGAUUGGUGGUGACUUGAGCUCCGCGUUCCAAGGGCCACGCUUGUUCCCGUAUUAAAAGCGCCCGUUCUAGUGGACAGCCCAAUGACGAGAUCCGAGUUCGCUGGGGCUUCUAUCUUAAGCAACUCGAGCUAGGCAAUCUUGAGUUAAAAGAGACCGGGUCACUAGUAAGUGCUAUCCGGUGCGUGCCAUCUGCGAUCGAAAUGGGAAGGGUUCUUUUGCAAGAGACUCCGAACGGGACUAGGUGCUGGGCUUCUGAUUGUGUUGUGAAUAGAGGGUUGCGGUGGGCAAAACAUGCCAUUGAAGAUGGCGACAUGCCUUUGAGGAUAUUUUAUGGUCUGUACGGAUACCGCGCGCGAAGGCCACUCUGUGAGCACCGAGCAUGCGCAGGCGUCUCCAGUCGGCGAGUAAUCAGAAUAUCUGCGGUAGAUAGGAAGAGAGUAAUAGUAUUGCGUAUACGGGACGGGCGAGCGAGUCGAGUACCUACCCGGCCCCGGUUGAUUUGCUCAAAAGAGGAAUUGAAAAGGAAAAAGGGCGGAGUUCCUUCGGGAAUGGAAUGCAGCCCAGUUUUUUGCUCAAAUGGAGAUGCAUCUGGAACCGAUGAAAAGGGACGUGUGAAUGGGCCAGUUUCCACUUGGUCGAACCGAUGCUACUACUGCAUAGAAUCUAUAUGUCAGUCAGUUGCGACUCGCAAGGCCAUGCAUGCUUUGCGUAGUUGGUGUUGGAGUCUUGGUAUGUUGAAGAGGGGGGGAUGGAAUACUUUGCAGAGAGAGAAGGGUAAAAAAAAAAAAAAACCUAUGCGGCGCCAGCGGCGUUCGUGCAUGCGUUUGGAUGCAGGGUGGAACCGGGGGUACGUAUGCCUUUUUACCCUUUGUGUAUUUUUGUUGUCUUCAAAUCUUGCUCAAGACCAACCGUUGGCUUGGAUUUCCGUGCCAUUCGGUCCCGUACCGCAAUUGCAGACCGCCACGGAAUGAAUCAUCCCGCCCUCGUCCGGUAGAUCCGUCGCUUCCAGCCUCCAAGUUUGACGGUCCACCACCAGUCGCCGGUACGUGACCGUCGUGCCCGUCACGCCCGUUGUGACCCGACAGCGUAGGCCAAGUCUUCGUAGCUGCUUGGAGACUUGGAGACUUCAAUAGACAAGGGCGCUUUGUCUUGCUUUGCCAGUCGAUACUCGGUCGGUAGACCACCUCAAUUGCCUUUGUUUUUGGUACCUGUUCCCUCUCACAAGGGUCGGUAGCUGGAACGGGGGUGAAAUGAAAAGUCAGGCUCUCAUCUCAGUCAACGCUGACUUAUUGAACUCAUACGCCAGGCCUGGGUUCUCAGUUGACGGAACACGCGGGAUGCUAUUGGUUCGGAGGUGCUUCCCAGGAGGACCCCCGUUUGAGC